AUGAAUUACGACCCCGUCCGUCCAAUUUUACGAUAUUCUGCGACUUCAACAAUUCACUAACGGGGCCUGGUGUGUGUUUUCAUAGGUAACGUUAUCUAUAUCUCGUUUUUUAGCGAAUUAUCAAGGCUUCAUGGUACUCCAGGAGUGAUUUUCGCGCGGUUCAAAAUGGCGCCAGUGACACUCCAGUCAUAACAUUGUUGCCCAUCGAUGUCAAAGUUAUUGUGUGCGAUGUACCAGAGACGUGGAUGUGAUUUAUUAUACAGCAGUUUGAACUUGUGUAUAUUUGCGUGUAAUGGGUGAAAAUAUCUGUGUCAACUUUUUCUAUUGUUUAUUUCAUAAUGUCAACAUUGAUAGUGGGCGAUUCGCAUGUGAAAAGACUCAAAACAUUUUUAGGUUAACGUCGUUCCGCUAAUUUUGUGUUUAAUAUAUAUGAACUCAAAGAGGUGAACUAUUUCGGUAUAAGUCGAGGACUUGUGAACAAUGGUCACCAUCUAUCCCUUAUUACAUCUGCAGUGCGAGGGUGUAGACCUAAGCACCUAAUUGUUUUCAUUGGAGGCAAUGAUUUGGACUCGAGUGAACUAGAUUUUAGUUUGAAAUGUAUUGUUUCUAAAUUGACUGCCUAUGUGACUCAACUUAAAAGGUGUUUCCAUUUAAAGUCUGUUACCGUGCUUUGUUUUCUCCCUAGAGAAGUGACUAGAACUAUAGGCUGUCUUAUUUAUAAUCAACGAGUCAAAAAAGCUAAUAGACUUCUUAAGCAAUUUUGCGCUUGUCACACAGUAACAUUUUAGAAGCUGAGAGGAUUCGCGGAAAGUCAGAAACCAGUUUUAUGCGACGGGGUUCAUCUUAAUGACUUGGGGUUCCAUAAACUGUUUAGACAGAUCAGAGGUGUCCUAUUAAUUCAGCUAAGACAGGAACCCAAGCCUAGUCCUUCUGUAAACAGCAAUGACGACAGGGGCUUCUAGCUUUCAAAGCAUCCAGAUCAAUCUGAAGAUAAGACUUUGCAUCACUUGUUAUAAUUUGUUUGGACACAGAUGGCAUCCACACCAAAACGCAGGAGGCGGAACAAGGCAGCCUCGAAUCCUCCCACAGAAACCCAACCUCAAAGCGGUCUUAUGUCUCAUGAGGACAUGGAAACGAUGAUAAGGACGUGUAUGGCCUCUAUCAUCCCAACCAUCGAAGAUACUUUUCGACGCUAUAUGGAUGAAUAUCACCAUGUUGAGAACAAUCCUUCAUCGUCAAUCCCCAUGCAGACUGCAACUUCACAACAGCAAUCAGCCGACACACAACAAGCCUCUUCACAAGCAGUAACACCUUACCAUUCCCUACUGCAAGAGAUAACUUCUCAAGGUGAAAUAAUUCAAAGCCCGCUUUCCACAUAUGGACAUCGAGCCAACUCCAGUUCCUCCAGCAUUAGUGCGGAUUUGACUGAAACAGCCAAUUUUUUAGUCCGCAACUCUCUGUCUGAAUCAACAUUAUCAGCUUACAAAUCAGCUUAUUUAACCUACAACUUUUUUAUUGAACAAUCCUUUCAAUAUAACGCAUCCCCUCUACCACCCUAUGUUCAUCACCUGUCUACAUUUAUUGCACAUUGCUACCUGAAAGGAUUUGCCGCAUCCACUACUUCAACACUGGUUUCGUCACUUAGUUUUAUUUUACAACUUGGUAACUCCACAGAUAUUACACAACAUUUCAGCAUUCGUAAAAUGCUUCAGGGAUUCCGGAAAUCGAAACCAUCAUCUGACUCACGGCUACCUAUAACCCCAACAAUUCUGAAGAAAAUAAUUCAUGCUUUGGAGUUUAGUACCACAUCAGCUUUUACUAAAUCCCUCUUCCGGGCCAUGUUUACCUUAGCAUUAAGUACUUUUUUACGAGUAGGAGAGCUUACCAAAACAAAUGCUCCAACCCAGCAUUUCCUUCUUUUUGGAAAUAUCACGUUAGGAUCCGAUAGUCCAUGCAAUAGGUAUAUAGAUAUAAAUAUACCUCACUUUAAGCAUUCUAAAGCAAACACAACUACUCUACGCCUGCAGCAAAACACGACGGAUCCUUUAGUUUGCCCAUGCCAAGCACUUCUACAUUACCUAAAUCUUAGGAAACAUUCCUCACCAUCAGAGCCGUUAUUUUCCUUAAUGGAUGGUUCGCCCAUCUCGCGUCAAUACUUCACACAGCAACUGCGUUCGGCUUUAGCUUUUUGUAAUUUUGGACUUGCAUCUUUACAAAGCUAAUAGCUUCCGCAUUGGGGCUGCUACUACAGCUGCCUCUUAGAGGUUUUCGAAAUUACAAAUUCAGGGCAUGGGUAGAUGGAAGUCUGGUGCUUUUAAAAAGUACAUUAGAAUCCCAACACUUAAGUUUUGAUUGACAUUCGUUUGAGUUUUGACAGUUGCAUGUGACAGUGAAGACAGGGGGUUCACGAUCCUUUUUUCUAGCAACCAUUAGACAGGGGCUACUGGUUGUGUUUUUAAUAUCUUUGCCAUUAUCUUACUUUGAGUCAGGGGCACAAAGAGUCAAUUUGCUGGUACAUGUUUUGUCUUUUGUAACAAUAGUCUUUAUGUUGUAACCUUUUUAGUUUAUAGUUAAUAUCAACCAUUAGACAGGAGCUACUGGUUGUCUUUUUGACUUAUCUUACUUUUAGUCGGGGACUAAAACACUCAAAUUUGCUUGUACAUGUAUGCUUUUUCUAAAAAUAGUCGUUAUGUUGAAGGGUGUUCCAUUUUCCACAAAUUAGUUAUUUUGUUAUAACUUGGUACAAUUUUUCUUAAUCAUGCACUGACAUUUCUGUUCAACUGCAAUGUGGUUUUUGGAUAUGGGGCGUUAACAAGAUUGUCUAUAUUCACAUAUAUACGAGUAUAUAAACCUAUCGAUUAGUGAUAUAGCCUAUCUUGUUAAGGUGGCAGAUGAACACCCCAUAUCUUUACUUAUAUACCAGGUACUUUAUUAUCUAUUCCUGCCAAAGGUCUAAAACUUUUACUAGUCUCAAUCUCAGGAUACUUUGUGAUAUUUUCAAGGUUUUAUGUAUGAAUAUUGUUCUUCGAGUUUUAUGUCAUUUAUAGGAGGAAAUGCCUAUUUUCUACUUGUCACAUCACAUCACUUAUUCUUCAUUUCGUAUUAUCGUAUAUUGUGACUUUGACUAUGGCAUUAUGUUUCAUGCAACUGUUAUGCUAUGUAUUCUUCAAUAAAUGACCUGUUUUUUUUUUUACGAAAGAGUUGAGUUUUGCUACGUAAUAGGAUAGAUGUGAUCAGGCAGGCAUAAAACAAAUUUAUGUCCAUAAAUAGUUUUUGCAUGUUGACCACUUUAUUUGUAUGUUUUGUUUACCACGUGGUAUUGAUUUCCACUACUGUGUAUUUUUAGUUUAGGCAUGCGCACUGGCAAGUUAUGCAUAUGAGCUAGUCUGCGCAUGCGUAGUAAUUGUUCAUUUUGUAAACAUCCAUGAUUGUCCACGGUUUGCCACCACCCUGCCCUCCACUUUUUUAUUGUACAUCAUUUGUAAGGCAGAUGAACACCCCAUAUCUUUACUUAUAUACCAGGUGCUUUAUUAUCUAUUCCUGCCAAAGGUCUAAAACUUUUACUAGUCUCAAUCUCAGGAUACUUUGUGAUAUUUUCAAGGUUUUAUGUAUUAAUAGUGUUCUUCGAGUUCUAUGUCAUUC